AUGUCCUCUCUCUCAGACCAGAUCGACCGUCUCACGAAAAUAACAAAGUCCAUCGCCGCCACCGCCGCCAGCACCGCCGCCCUCAACCGCGUCCCCUCAUCGUCCCAGCCGUUCACAAGGGCCGUCCUCAACGCGCCGCUCGCCGACCUCAUACGUGACAUCGAUGCCUCCUCCGAGCUCGGCCUUUUCGAGCUCACUCGUCCAGCACUCCCCCUGCCAACGGACAAAGAACCCCCAUCGCUUCAGUACCAUGAGAUUCAACGUGUCACAUUCAACGGUGCGACGCCUCUGCGACGACACCCUCGACCCGAAGGGCCGCUAAAGACACCCGAGCCUGACCCCGAGAUCUACGCGCAGGCGGCGAUGAAGUACAUCAAUCGCUUCCAGAGCAUCCGACCGAUGCCUCGAGCCUAUUCCCAAGUAGAGGCCGUGAUGGAGCGCCUCCAGGCCUCCAGAGUUCGGAUCCAAGAACUCCAGGAGCGAGUAAAGCAAGCUGAGAACGCGUCGGCCGUAGAGCCAAAGAGCCUCGCAGACGAUGAGCAGCAACGGAUAGACGUACUCAUGGAACGGAUCGCGUUGCUAAAGGAACAGAAAGAGAAUCAUUUUCGAAAGCGUCUACCCAAGAUACAGCCGAAACGCGUGCCAGCCCCGAAGCCACCCAAAGCCACCCCACGAGUGGAUCCUGAGGAUGAGUUUGGCUUCUGGACAACACCUACUGCCGCUGCUCGCACAUUCAAGUUGAGCACCGGCUUACUGAUGGACGAACACGUAGAUGCUGGCGAAAUGUCCAUGGCUUCGUUCGGAUCGCCGCCUCCUACGUUGGCGGGUAUCAUCCAGCAACCAUUCCAAUCAUUCUCCCACUCUAUAAACUCUCAACCUCCGAGAUCACCUGAAUCUCUGGUGGAGAAUGCGACCCCUUCAGCAUCCCCUCCUCCGAUGCCAGAAAGGCAGUCUCCGCCGCUUGUGCCGAUCUCGCCGUCACCGCCUCUUACACCUCCAUCUGCUCCCCUCAUAUCUCCACCCCCUGACCCCGAAGAUCUGCUUCCCCCACCCGCAGCCGCAGCCGCGUCACCCCCACGCAAAGGCAAGAUCAAAAUAACUUCCGACGUCGAUCGAAUAAUUGCACGCAUAUGGUCGACGGUCGGAGACAUCAUUAUGCAAGGUUACCAUUUGGCGGAGACAAAGCCACUUGGGGCGAAAGCAACGAUAGCCCACCUGCAAACCCUUGCAGCGCAGACAACGGUGCCACCGUCACCAUCUGCUACCAGUCUAUCCUCAUUGGCUUCCGCUCCAACCGAUCAACCAACAUUCCAGCAGAUAAUGACUGCCUUCCUCCUGCUCCGUCUCCUCUCUGAAGCGCCCUCCUAUUCAUUACUGCUAAACGUUGUCAAGGAUGCUAUAAGCAGCAAAGGAUCAGAGCUCGGGGCGGCAACCAGCACGCAGAGUUCCCGUGUAAUGUACGCUUGCAUUGCCAAACGUCUAAUCAAGAUCGACCGCAAACAAGGCGAGCAGACCGUCAAGUUUGACUUCGGUUCUGGUGCAUAA